GCCGGGCGACUGCGUGACAAAGCGUACUACAGAACCAAAGACGGGGCGUUGCGACUGAAUGGGGCGCUGCAGAUAGGGCGGCUGGUGCACCGCAUGAUCGCCAUGGACCAGCGCGUGCCCCUCUCCCCUACACGACUGGUGUUUGUGCUCAGAGCGUGUUCAGAGUGGCUGGUUAUCGGCGGAGAUUACAA